UAGGCGUUUUCCUUACUGGUACUUCCUCGACUGCAACCCGUUCGACGAAUUGUCUGAAACAAUGGGGCGCAAGACUACGAAGAAGUCGGCGACCUUCCGGUUGAUGUCCCGCGACUCCUCCGCCGACGACGCUCCCGGCGACGACCGCAUCUUCGUCCGCGUCGACAACAAUCCCUGCUCGAUCGGUACCUCGGCGGACGCCGGCAACGACGACGGCGAUGACGAUCCGAUGUCGAUGAUCGCGGACGCGCCCGGCGACUGCGACGACGGCGGUGGUGGCAGCAGCGACGAUGGCGCUAUGUCGACGUCGCGGUUGCCGGACCAUAUCAGGAGGGAGAUUCUGGAGCUCGGGUUUCCUGACGAUGGGUAUAAUUACUUGUGGCAUUUGAGGGAGAUUAGGAAUAAAGGCGGCGGUUCUGCUUUUUAUCAGAAUCCUAAGGCCAGGCUUGAUCUGGUUCCGAAAGAUGUCAAGCAUUUGAGAUGGUGGGUGUUCUGCUAGAAUGAUUUUCGACCAGAAGAAGAGUCAAAACCUGACCUUGAGCGGCCUCCCCUGUCUUAUCCUUAGCCUAGAAACUUCCCUAAUCUCAGUGUUUGGGAUAUGCUUCAUGAGGACCAACUAUAUUCAACUUACUUGAUUUCGGGCUUACGAUGCUUCGCGUGCACAAGUUCAUAAAGCAGAAGGUGAUCCUCACGAUAAAUCGAUUUAUAGUGUUGCAGCCAAUAGUGUUAAUGUGAGAGUACAGAAAGCCAUUGAUCCUGAAGUCGCUGCAUUACUCGAUGAUAGUGACCUCUCGCGGUUUGGCUCUGAAGUUGAGGACUUGGAAGAAGAUUUUGUUGUUUGAGCAAACCAUCUUGAAGGCGAGGACGGUAUUGUGGAGGAAAAUUUGCAAUAUUCCGGGAUGCCUGAAGUGAUGGGGAGAGUCAUUAAUGGAUCAGACACUCCUGCUGGUCAAGAGAGACAAAUUGACAAUGGCUUUCCUCAUGAAAUAAGAAGUCGGUUUGUGGAAAAAAUGACGACUUUGACGACGAGAAGCCACAAGAACGUCGUCUGCUGGAUGAGCAAUUUGAUCUUCUUGAACGUCAGGAGUAUGGAUCUGAGGAUAUUGAGGAUGAUGGUUAUGGUGGUUAUAUGGCUGAAGAAGAUGAAUCCCUUGCUCUGAAACUCAAACAGGCGUUUGAUGACAAAGUUGUGGAUGACUUGGAAAUUGAUGACAAUUAUAGAGUUCCAGCUGAUUUAUUGAAGGAAAA